CUGUAAAUGCAGGCGGCCAUGUUACACUAGCAGACAGCUGUUUGUUUACUCUGUGAGCUGCAGACAUAUCUUUACUCAAACUCUCUGUGCAUCGCUGUGUAUUAGUGUGUGAGGAUGAGCGGCGGCACGCCGUAUAUCGGCAGUAAGAUCAGUUUGAUCAGUAAAGCUGAGAUCCGCUAUGAGGGAAUAUUGUACACCAUCGACACAGACAACUCCACCGUCGCGCUCGCAAAAGUGCGCUCUUUUGGCACUGAGGACCGCCCGACGGACCGGCCCAUCGCACCCAGGAAUGAAACGUUUGAGUACAUUAUAUUCAGGGGAAGUGACAUCAAAGACCUGACCGUGUGUGAACCCCCCAAACCAACGUGCUCCCUGCCUCAGGACCCCGCCAUUGUUCAGGCUUCAAUGGGAUCUUCCGCUGCUCCCCCAUCAGCCUUCCAGUCAGGGAACUCCUACGGGCUCUUCAGCCAUCCACCAGUCGCCCCCUACAGCCAGUUCAACACCAGCCCACUGCUCAUGCCAGAGUUUGGGGCUGUUGGACUGGGUCACACCAGUCCAGCUCUGGACUCACUGAGAAAGACCCCUCCAGCGGAGCCUAUCAACCCAUCAGCCCCUGCAGCAGCCACCACCACUGCACCUGCAGCAGUGACCCACAAGAGUCCUGUGUUCACUCGCCCGGCAUCAACCAGCACCCAGCAACCUAUGGACCUGUUUGAGCAGAGGAGAGCUCCUGGUCCUCCUGCUGCUCGCCGGGGUCGUGGCGGAGGUCAUCGCGGUAGAGGUCGAUUCCCUGUCAGGAGAGAAGGACCCAUGAGGUUUGAGAAAGACUUCGAUUUUGAGAGUGCCAAUGCUCAGUUCAACAAAGAUGAGAUUGACAAAGAGUUCCAGAGCAAACUCAAACUGAAAGAUGAGAAGUGUGAGAAGGCAUUGAACGGUGAGGAUAAGUGUGAUUUAGGAGUGGACACUCAGAACAGUGAAGGAAACGCUGAUGAGGAGGAUCCACUCGGAUCAAAAUGCUACUACGAUAAAUCCAAAUCAUUCUUUGACAACAUCUCCUGUGACGACACCAGGAAGGUGGCUGAGAGGUCUGGAGGAUCAGGUUUCUCCAGAGAGAGGAGGCAGACAUGGGCGGAGGAGCGGCGGAUGAACGCAGAGACGUUUGGCAUCCCGAUACGGCACGGCCGGGGACGCGGGGGCUUCAGAGGUCGCGGAGGUAUGGGCUUCAGAGGGGGCCGGGGUCGCUUCAUCAGUCGAGGGUCGUUUGGAUCUUAUGCCGGUGGAAGCGGGUUUAGAGGAGGAUUCAGAGGAAGUCAAGGAGGAAGAGAGUUCUCUGACUUUGAGUACAGGGAGGAUAACAAAGUGGCUGCAUAGUGAUGGGGGAAGGAUCCAGAAGAUCUGAUAUGCGUUUUGGGAAAUGCAUUUCCGAUGAGAAUGUGUGUUGUAAAUCUGUCACCAGCACUGGGGUUCUGUUGUAAAGCUGGAUGUAAAUCAAAUGUCUACUCCAUUUCUUAAGGAGUGGAUCAAUGUAAUUUUUUUGAAUUGUUAAAUUUGAGUCAAAUAUUUCUAGAUGGUUUGAAAUAUAUAAUAAUUUCUGAGGGACUUUGUUUUCUUUGUUUGUUUGGUUUUAUUGUAUUGACAUCCCAUACCUACUCCUGUAUUUGAUAUGUUAGCUGUUAGGCGCUGAAUACAUAUAACAACAUUAUGCGAUGAUUACAGAUAGCUGCAUUUUGGGGAGGGUCAUACAGUAUCUUACAGUCAACAUUCAGCAUCAGUAUAGGUCUGCAAGUCCUGGAUUUCUUGUACACCGUAUUACUUUAUUUAAUUGAUUUCAAAUUCCCAGUUUAAAUUCUAUAACCAUUCCUGUGCAAGUAGUAGUUACCCUUUUUUUCCCCCUUAACUCUUUUUGUAAGUAAGUUAUCAGUCCCUGUAAGAGGUGUGUAGUUUACGAUGAGAUUAAGCUAUUAAAGUGCUAAGAGGUAAGUGUCAGUUUUGAUAGAAUUUCAAAGAUAAUUUGGAAUAAAUGACAACAUGGAUAUGCUCUCUCUGGAGAAAAACAAACAAACAAAAAAAAACAGUUAGACUAAACAACACAAUUUAGACUAAAAUGACAUGAAAUGGUACCGUCUAUGCAAAGUGACCUCAGUGAUAGGUUUAUAUAGUAUAUGGAUCGCUUUGCUAAAUGUAGUACUUUGUAGCAGACAUUUGAUGAUGUGUAAAUGUCAGAAGAAAUGCUACUCUGUGCAUCUACAAUCUAUGCUGCAGUUACUUUGACAAUAUUUACGUUCUUGCCACGAGUGUUUUGAUCACUUUUCUAUAUGGCUGUCAAUGAAAAUUUAGCUAACAGUCUUCAUAAACUCUUGUGUCAUGAGAAAAUGGAACGAGUGGGUUCAGAUCAAGUUUUAGUCUCUACACUUGAGCCAAGAGCUAGCAUCAAAGUUUGCAAAUCUUUAUUAAGGUUAAGAUAUUUGUAUGAGAUCUGAAACUGAGAACUACUGCUCUAGUGGAUAGUUUUGCCAUGAUUAAUAUGAAUGCAAAGCUGGUUUGUUUAAAAACCAAGGAUGCAAUAAAUGUUAUGCUUUUUUUUUUUCUGUCCCUGUCACUAAAGUUGGAGGUUUGAUGCUUUUUAAGUGGCCUGUUUUUUUUCUUUGUCUAUCCAUUUACUUUAUUUUAUGGAUAUGGCUGUUAGCAUCACUGCAAAUAUGUAUUCAUGCAUCUUGUUAAAUGUAUUUUGGCAUAUUGGGGGAAUUGAUAAUGAAAUAAACUUUGAUUCUA